AUGGAGGACGAAAUGGUGGCAAUGGACUGGGGCCACCUGCCUCUUGUGGUGCUGGACAGGCUCCACGAACUCCUGAAGAAAGAGAAAGCUUGUGGCGUCCUGAUGAAGUCCCUGCGACUGGUCAAUCUGCACUGGGGCCAGUGGGCAACAGGGGCCAUCCAGUCAUUGAGCCUUUCUGGCGAGCAGUCCUUGGAGGAACUCGUGGCGGCCAUAUCAGAGAGGUUCCCCAGGGUGCAGAGCUUGAAGUUUGCCAGGCACAAGGGCUUCAAGGAGGAUGACCUGCCUGCCCUGGGCAGACUGCGGUGCUUGCAGCACCUAGACUUCGGCGGGAAGUGCCAAAUCACAAAUGGUGGUCUAGAGGUGGUGAGCAGUCUGGAGAGGGUGACCUCCUUGGAUCUGACGGGCUGCUCGAGGGUUGGUGAUGAAGGGAUUGAGCACUUGCAGAGACUGACGGCACUGCGGGAACUGAACCUUCACGGCUGCAGCAGCAUAUCGAACAAGUCCAUGGCGUAUAUUGCACAGCUGGAGGCCCUGGAACGCCUGAUUUUGGUGGAAUGCAAGAAUCUGACAGAUGCUGCAUUUGAGCAUUCCAAGAGAUGGACAGCCCUAAAGGAUCUGCGGCUCUCAGGCUGUGGGAAAAUCACCGAUGGGGCCCUGGACCACAUCGGAAUGUUGCCCACCCUGCAACGCUUGAAGCUGUGCAAGUGUAAGGAGCUGACUGAUGCAGGGCUGCAGCAUGUGAGCAAGCUGAUGGCCUUGGAGACUUUGGAUUUGAGAUUGUGUGAGAAAUUGACGGAUGCAGGGAUAGGGCCCAUUGCAAGGCUUGGUGCUCUCAAGUGUCUUGUGCUGGCAUGCUGCAGGAGCAUCACAGAUGCGGGUUUGCGGCUUGUUGGCAGUCUGACCUCGCUCGCCCACUUGGACCUGUCAUUCUGUGCGGAGAUCACGGACCAUGGUUUGGGACACAUGGAGGAAUUGACAAACCUGGAGAGCCUGAAUUUGUAUGCUUGUGAGCAUAUCACAGCAGAGGGUUUGGAGGUGGUGGGUGAACUCACAAGCCUGAAAGACCUGGCCUUGACUCGCUGUGUGCGAGUUACUGACGAUGGUCUGCAGCAUGUUGCCAAACUGCAACGCCUGCAGCGCCUGUCCUUGUUUGGCUGCGUGGAGAUUACUGAUGCUGGCCUGGAGCAUGUUUCCAAGCUUACCAACCUGGAGCGGCUGAGUUUGGGUUUUUGUGCCAAAGUCACGGAUGAGGGCUUGCGCAGUGUUGGAGCGCUCAUUUCUCUGCGGCAUCUCAACUUUUUUGGGUGCACUGAGAUCACUCCAGCAGGGGUGGAGUAUGUGGGGUGCCUGCCGUAUGUGGAUAUACUGGGGGUGGACGUAAAAGGAAAGAUAACUCCGCAGCCCACCAAGGCCUCGACGACCCAACCCCUGUGUGGGAGGUGA